CUUGCACGCCAACCUCAGAUACCAUCCGUCCAUCAACAACCAGAGGCACUCCUUGCUGUUUGGUUUUUGCGACCCCUGGCUGUUGCCCGCCUACCACCGUUCCUCGUGCUUGUUUCGUUUGAGCUUCCUCGAGCCACUCGCAGCGCCAAGAUGUCCCAGGUGUACAGGGCAUUGAGGCAUAUGUCUGCCAUCCCGUUGCGUGCCGUCACCAAGCCAUCAAAGGCCCGCGCGCCAAAAGCCGUGCUUCAAGUGACCCCGGCCGCUGCAGACAGAAUCAAGACCCUCUUGAAAGACAAACCAGAUGCGGUCGGCCUUCGUGUGAGCGUACGUGACAGAGGAUGCACAGGCAACUCAUUCCACCUGGACUACGCAUACGACAAGGACGCGAAGAAGUUUGACGAGGUCAUCGAGCAACACGGUGUCAAGGUCAUUGUGGACUCUGGUGCCAUCCUCCGUGUCUUGCACUCGACGAUGGACUUUAGCGAAGGCGAUGAGGCCGAAGGAUUUGUGUUUGAGAACCCGCAAGCGAAAGGCACCUGUGGCUGCGGCGAAUCGUUCUUCUUCUAGCUCGCCUACCCCCUACCCAUAUGGAUUGUCCACCAAACCACUGUCCGCUUUGACCGUUACCGCCAGCCGUGCGCUUGUUGCGCGCUUUUUUGUCAUGCCGUGUUGCAUACUCUACCCACACGACGCCCACUAUUGUCCCCCACCGUGUUCACCACUUCACGGUGACUCGCCCUUGUGCUUUUAAUUGACACCCGCCUCCUUGGUUAUGGUUGUUUUGUGCCACGCACGCCAGUGCUGAUUGCUUUCGCUGUGCGGGCUGUGCUCAGGUGUGUGUGUGCGUGAGGUGCUUUAAUGGAUCAGAUAACACUAAACGAUAUCGAUUGCA